AAUGAGUCCUGGUGUGGAGGAGGCGUUGUGCUUGUGGUAAAACGAAAUCCAACUAAACCAGUGAUAACAGGAAAUCUGACUCUCAAAACAGGAGAAAACGCAUCAGUGACCUGCUAUAGUAAUUCCACUUCAGUUCCAUCCUAUUAUAAAGAGUUCCCUCCCUUGUCAUACAUAUGGUACAUCAACAACACAUUGGUAGGAAAAACUAGGGAAAAUACGUACAGAUUUCCCAUAGCGAAGGGCGAUAAAUACAGCUAUGUUUCAUGUCAAGCAAAGGAAACCCUCAUAUCUGAGAAAAGUAAACGGCUGCAAAUCAUACCACUCUACGGUCCGGAUCUAGAAGACAUGAAGAUUUCACCAUUGAUCAGUGACAACAUAACUGUACGUGACGGUGACAUCUUUGGUCCGUAUGUCUGCUCAGUGGACUGUAAUCCACCAUGCAGUAUUCAAUGGAAAUACAUGGAACCAUCCGGAAAGUUUGUUAAUGCCACGACCAAAGGACAAACAUCAAAGCUAUUUCCGGAACAACGAGUGCACAAAAACAAACAUGGACUGUUCCAGUGUGUUGCACAAGGUUCAGAUUGCAAACUGGAAACAAUUACAAUAAAUUUAGAUAUUCAAUAUUUGUCUACACCGAAGGUAUUUAUAAAUGGAUUAGCUGCUUCAAAUGUGUCAAACAUACCGGAAAAUGAACCCCUGCAAUUGUCAUGUCUUGUGGAGGGAAAUCCCGUCCCAGCCGUGACCAUCAGCAGGGACAGUGCAAACAACGUCCUCGUGAACAGUGUGGGUUACUGGUCAAAUUAUGCAUCUAUUGAAAAAGCCCAGUGUGCCGAUACAGACACCUACAGGUAA